UGGCAGCAAUUUUAUUCAUGGAACAAUUCAGCCAUUCUCCAGACCUCAGCAUGGGAUGAUCUCAAGGAUUAUGACAGAGUUAAGAUCACUCGUGAAGGAACAUAAAGCCAAAAGAAUCUUUAUGCUAGGGUUAAUAGGGGCAUUGUGUAUCAUCAUCAUGCUCCUAUGGUGCCAAUCAACUAACAGUAUAGCUUUGACAGCAUUCACCUAUAUUAUAUUGUUUGACGUUCUAUCUCUUGGUGUUUGUCUCAUCACCAUCUGGGUCACCAAGCAAAAACCUUCAAGCAUUUAUACUUAUGGGUACGAACGAUUUGAGGUCCUAGCAGUAUUCUCAACAACAGUGCUUGCCAUAUUUGGUUCUAUAUUCAUUAUGAAAGAAAGUACUGAGCGAAUCAUUCAGCCCCCAGAGAUACACACUGGUAGGCUAAUGUUAGGAGCCAUCUUAGGUCUAUUCAGUCAUCUGGUCCUAUUAUACGGGUCUAGGAACCAAGCUUUUAGUCAUGUUAGUACAGCAUCUAAGAGCAGCUGGUUACAAGAACACUUUGCUGAUAUUUGCCAGAGUUUUUGUACAGUAGUUCCUGGCUUAGAUCAUUUACUACUACCGAGAGUGAAUCCAUUCAUUCUAAUUGGAUUAUGCAGUAUGUUAUCACUCUGUGUGACUGACUUCCUGGUUGAUAUGAAUAAUUUUCACAUGGCAGACCCCUUAGCAGCCUUCUGUAUAGCUCUGAUGACAGUGGGAACAAUGUUUCCAAUGAGUGUAUAUUCUGGCACCAUAUUACUACAAACCACACCAUCGCAUAUACUGGGGCAACUGGAUAAGAGCUUGAGAGAGGCAUCUACACUUGAUGGAGUAUUGGAGUUUCGCAAUGAACAUUUCUGGACAUUAUCAUUUGGUCAACUUGCUGGGUCACUUCAUGUGAGAGUCAGAAGAGACGCUGAUGAACAGCUGGUCCUGGCUCAUGUGUUCAAUAAGCUUUCUCACCUAGUCAACAUCCUUACUAUUCAGAUCAUUAAGGAUGAAUGGACUCGCAUGAACCCUGUCUCUACGGCCAUUGCUUCUAAUAGAUCAACACUCCCAGACUAUACUCACGGACUCUCCACUCCAAAGUCUAUGUACAAGCCACCUGCAUCAUCUCUUCCAUCUCACAUGACAAGUAAUACCCUUUUUGGUGCUGGAAAUUCAUAUGCACCCUCAACGCCUCUAAGAGCACAUAGCACCCCGUAUGGGACGCCACUCAAAGACAUCAGUUUCAAUACAGACAUGGAUGAUAGACCAUCGCAUGAUGUACCAUCACCUGUAAUGGCUGAUCCUAAGUUAAAAGGAAUCCUUCGGACAAACCCAAGUGGUGCUUAUGGAGGAAGCAGACAAGGCCAUCAGUUUAUAAAGAAUGAUAGGACAUUACAAGGCUUAGCACCUCCAGGUUCAGGAAGUGCUGUCAUAGAUUUUAGUACCUUGGGUUCCGCGAAAUCCUUUCCUACAACCACUAGUGCAAGGACUAACCUGAGAAGGUGAAACAACUUUUGUUCAUUCAGAUGCAGAUAUAAUUGCAAGAGAUUUAUUUUCCUUUGUCACAAUUAUAUAAAUAGUUAUUUGUAUGGGGGUUCGUUUAUGUUCUUCAGAAAAUUGUUCUUGGGCUGAGUCAUGUUGGAAAAUUUUGUUCUUUCCAGAAUAUUUGAUGGGGUCUUACCAGUAUGAAACCUGUAUUCCGAUAGAUGGAUGUCAGAAAUUUAAACCCAACAAAAACUUUAGUGAUUUUCAUAUUCCCAGCAAAUGAGACUCUGAACCUCUCUAUAUAAAAAAAACCCAAUAUAAACCAUAAUGAAAUAAGAAACAAUUUUAACAUGUCAUACCAUCUUAGUUUUCUAUCCCAAAUCACAAAUGUCUUUGAUGACUCAGUCAUGUUCAGGGAGCCAUCAUAUCAUGCACUAUCAGUCAUAUCUUGAUCAACUGCAUGAAGACUUACAGAUUCCAAUGUACCUGCUACGUCAUGCAUCAAAUAAUGCCAACUGUCAUUGAUGGAAGACAACACCAACGAUUCCAGACAAGAAAAUGAAAAAAUAUGACAUUAGUGUCAGUAUUAUGAGAAAGCUCAAAUGAAAUGAAUACUGAACUUUUAACUCUCAUAUGAGUUGAUAUUUAUGAGUACAAAUUGUGCUACUAUGCCUUAUUUCAUCAAAACUCUGCAAUUGGAAAAAUGUCUGACAUAAUCAGAUUCCGGUGUUCUAGAAUGCAUGCUCAGGCCAACUGGUUCUCCAGUGGUUAGAGCAUUGGACUCAUAAUCGCAAGGUUGUGAGUUCGAAUCCCAACUCUGCCAUUGUCUCCACUUUGAUAAAAAGGCCCAAGAGUGAUAUCUGUCGUCUAUUACGUCAGCCACUAUGACUGAUUAACUUAGACGUAAAAUGUUUCCAAGGUAAUUGGUUAUAUACCAGCUUGGCGUUUACCAGCAAAAAUGCUGUCCUGCCGAGUUCCUACGGGAGUUACCAAAAACAGAAACAGAAACAGAGGUUUUCAUAUAAGAUUCAUGUUCUCACAGCCUGGCUUUAUAGGGGUAUAUUGGACAGCAUGUUUUUAUGAAGCUUGUAUUCAUUGUUUUAUAUUUAUUUAAUAGCCAUUCUUUCACGUUAAACUUAAUACCUUGUUCUGAAAUAUAUAAGGUUCCAAAAUAGCCAUGAGGUGUGCUAGAUUAGUUUUGAAAUUGAAUUUUAAAUAAAGUUUUCCCAAAAUCAAUCACUUGUGAAGAUGGUGUAACACAUUUGCUGCCCGCAGACAUAGAUGCAUACUUCCUAUCAUUCCAUCAACAUACAAGCUGUUGUUCUUGUGUUGCUCACCCCAUGCAUUCAGAACAAGUGUUUUUGUAUGAUUAGUAUACUUGCUUAACUCUUUAUCAGGAAUCUCAAAGCACUCUUCAAUAAUACAGCAUAAUUACCCUGGCUUUGGAAUAGCAGCUGUUACACUCUGUUUCAAAGAUGAAAUUUCUAUUAAGUUCCAAUUUACCUUGGUCGAGUGCAGCAAAAUAUGGGUGAAUAUUAUUUUUGAAGGAAAUUAAUGCCUGGGGUAGGAUUUGAACCUAUUACCCUCCUAUUAAGAGACGUAAAUCAGUAUAUACCAUUACACUUCUUUUCUAUUUGAUGCAAUGAUUUCUUUUCCAGUGAGAAGCAAUUAUUUUCCUUUAUAUUUGAGGGUGUUUCAUACACUGAGUGAUCAUGAUAAUGAAUAAGACUUUAGAAAUGAUUUGGAGAUUUUAAAAAAUGGUAAUAUGUUUAACAUAAGGUCAAGUUUAAUUGUAGAAUUUGAAUUGAUUUGAAUUAUAAACCAGACUAGUUAAUGAAAAUCAAAUUUCUUGCCACAGUUUAAUUUUUGUAAAUCAUGGGAGAAACCCUUACUGUUUUGGCAUUAUUGUCAGGAUAAUAAAAGGUAUUGUCAUUCCAGAUGGCUUUUUUAUGUCCUGUUCAAGUUUUUGUCUCACCUGCAUAGCAGAGUGAGACUAUAGGCGCCGCUUUUCCGACGGCGACGGCGACGGCGGCGGCGGCGGCGACGGCGGCGUCAACACCAAAUCUUAACCUGAGGUUAAGUUUUUGAAAUGACAGCAUAACUUAGAAAGUAUAUGGACCUAGUUCAUGAAACUUGGCCAUAAGGUUAAUCAAGUAUUACUGAACAUCCUGCCUGAGUUUCAUGUCACAUGACCAAGGUCAAAGGUCAUUUAGGGUCAAUGAACUUAGACCAUGUUGAGGGAAUCAACAUCAAAAUCUUAACCUAAGGUUAAGUUUUUGAAAUGUCAUCAUAACUUAGAAAAUAUAUGGACCUAGUUCAUGAAACUUAUACAUAAGGUUAAUCAAGUAUCACUGAACAUCCUGCAUGAGUUUCACAUCACAUGACCAAGGUCAAAGGUCAUUUAGGGUCAAUGAACUUUGGCCGAAUUGGGGGUAUCUGUUGAAUUACCAUCAUAACUUUGAAAGUUUAUGGAUCUGAUUCAUGAAACUUGGACAUAAUAGUAAUCAAGUAUUACUGAACAUCCUGUGCAAGUUUCAGGUCACAUGAUCAAGGUCAAAGGUCAUUUAGGGUCAAUGAACUUUGGCCAAAUUGGGGUAUUUGUUGAAUUACAGCCAUAAAUUUGAAAGUGUGUUGGUCUAGUUCAUAAAACUUGGACAUAAUAGUAAUCAAGUAUCACUGAACAUCCUGUGCGAGUUUCAGGUCACAUGAUCAAGGUCAAAGGUCAUGUAAGGUCAAAGAACUUUGGCCACGUUGGGGGUAUUUGUUGAAUUGCCAUCAUAUCUCUAUAAGUGUAUUGGUCUAGUUCAUAAAACGUGGAAAUAAGAGUAACCAAGUAUCACUGAACAUCUUGUGCGAGUUAUAGUAGUUUUCAAAAUCAGCACUGCUGCUAUAUUGAAUCGCGUGAUGCAGGUGAGACGGCCAGAGGCAUUCCACUUGUUUGUAUAAUAAUGCAUACUUACAUAAUCAAGUUGAAAUAUUGAAUCAAAUGAAAUAGGGGUUAUUUUUCAGAUUACUUCCAUUGCAUUCAUAUAUUCAUAGAUUUUAACCAUAUUUUGGAGGGAGGGGGUCUUUGUUUUUAGUUUAAAAGUUUUUGAAUCACAGCACGGAAAAAAGUAAAAAUAUGCAAUUAACACUUCUAUACUGUAUAUUGAUAUAUUGUGGUGAAAGGUGUACCUUGAGAUAAAUCACUCUCCUGUUUUAUUGUCAUUCAUUAAGUUCAUGUUAAUUCACCAUAAUUAAAAUGUAACAAUGUAACAAUUGAUGUAAGAAUUGUUUGUGUGUAGAAUAUUGGACUACAGAAAUUAAGGAAACAACGAUGUACUGUGGAAAGAAACACAUUUGUGUCAGUAGGUCCAUGAUAGAACAGAAAAACUUGUUUUUAGAAUAAACAUUGUCUGUUUAACCAAGUCUUGCCAUUUGUGUUGAUGACUUGAUGAUCAAUGUGUAAUUUUCCCUUUCUCAAAUGCUAGCACUUAGUGAAUAGGAAUCAUACGGGUAAUUUCAAGUAUGUCUCAGUCUCAUGAACACAAUGAAAAUACCAAUGUGAAAUCAGAUUAGAUAACUGCACAUUAUUGGAGCUUUAUACAUUGACAGGAUUGAUAAUACAGGGGACUGUUUAUAAAGCUGUUCGUAAGUACUUAAGAGUGACUUAAGAACAAAUGGCGAACCUUUCUUGUGGUAAAUAAAAUUCUCCAUUAAAUGUUCAUUGGUGAAUUAGUGUGUAAGGAAAGAUCACCAGUUCUUAAAGUUGCUCUUAACUUACAAACAGCUUUAUGAAUCAUCCUCCUGCUUCUUUCUCUUCUCCGAGUGAUUUUAGAGGUUGCAUUCUGUACAAUGAAAUUCAAUAAAUGACAUGAAAUUUUGAUUAUUGAUUUUGAUUACAUUGUCAAUGGUGUAAAAUUGUACAAUUAGUUGCUAAGCUUUGUGUUAUGGGGCCCAUAUCUGAAUUGAUGAAUAUAAUAUUUUGAAGUCAACACAAUAUCAGCUCAUUCGAUUAAGGAUUUAUUUGGAAGAGGGAAGGCAAGAGAAGUGCUAAUCCUCAAUACUGAAAGGAAAUGGUUUAUAUGCACUUUGUAUUUACACCACACAACAGGUUCUGCUCAGUUUUCCAUUCAAGAAUUGAAAGCUGAGUAGACUUAAUUAUUUUAGAUGUGCUCAAUCUUAAAACACAGGAGAACACACAAAUUCACUUGAAUGCAAUGUUAUUGUAAGUAUCAAGUAUGUAGUAUUAUCAUUGGAAAUGCAGACUUAUGUUGAAUGAUUGACAGGAAAGCGAUUACUUGCCAACAUCUUAUCUUACUAGCCUUUAGGUCAUGAUUCUGUUUUCAUAAUCCUAGCAUCAAAUAAUCUUGAGUUUAUAAUGAUUCAUGGGGUUUCUUAAUUGUAUUGUUUGGCUUUACUCAUCUGCUAUUGAUUUAAUUGUUGCUGAUCCCUCCUAUCCCAUCCCCCCCAAGAAAAAGAAAAGGCAACUUUUUCAGAUAGUAUGAAUUAACAUAUAUGUCAAAUGAAUGACAAUUUUAAUGAGGUUUGAGGUUUGCAAUGCGGUCUGCAAUAUUUUUAAAAUGAGAUUUCAUGUUUACAGUGCUUUGCAAAGGAAAUAUGAGGUUUAUAAAACUUUGUAAAGAUUAACUCAUAAUUUUUGCAGAUUAAAAACUACAAAAAGUGUUAUGAAAUUCGCAAAAAGAAAAUGUUGGAGAUAACAUUGUUUGCAAUACUUUUCGAAAAAGAUUUCAUGCAAUUUGCAAAACCUUGCAAAGGAGAUGAUCCAUUUUCAAAACAUUGCAAUGAAGAUUUCUUGAGGUGUACAAAACUUAUGAAAGUAGAUUUCAGUAGGUUUGCAAUAGUUAGCACACAAGGUUACACACGGUUUUUAAACUAUUUCAAGGGUAAUUUCAUCAAAACAACAAAACUUUGCUAAGGAGAUUUCAUGAAGUUUACAAAGGAGAUCUAAAUCUUAGUAAAAAAAUAAAAUAAAAAUUGAUUAUCAUUCAAGAAAGGAUGUCAAUGUUGUAACUCGUGAAAAGGUUAAUAUUCCUUUACCCCAAAUCACAUGUUAUAUCAUUUGGAGAUGAAUUUCUAAAUAAAGUAUAGUUUUGAAAUACAAGUAAAUUAUU